CGCGCUACCCUCUCCGCGGCCCGCCCCCGCCGCGUCAACGCCUUGCGCGACCCGCCGGCACUCCGUCGCCACCCGGUCGCACUAGACGUCGUCGGCCCCGCCUCGGCCUCCGGUCCAACCGGUGCACCGCCAUGGACAGGAGGUACACCAGGGUGCCCGUCGGCGCCGGGGUGCUGCACUGCCCCCGAGCCACAUACAGCCCCGAGACCCACCAGCUCCUCAGAGUGCUCAUGGCCGAGAGCCGCCUGACCAUGCUGCAGCGCAAGCAGCUGGGCGACUCCCUGCGCCAGGGCCGGUCGCUCCCCGCCCAGCCACCGACCGCCCACACGCCGUCUUCGUUGCCCCGCGCCCCCGUCGACGGCCCGCCCUCCUUCCGCCUCGGGUGCAGGCGCCUCCAGGACACCAUCGUCGGCUCCGGCGCCUACGAGAGGGAGCGCUUCGUACCGGCGCACCCCAGGAUUGACAAAGAAAAGGAGAAACGCUCGUUUCAAGACAAAAUGUCCUUUGGUAAAGAGAUGCCACCUUCUCCUCGUAAAAAAAGAGUAAACUGCCGAAAGUUAUCAAGUCCAGCACCCGAGCCUGACGUUGACCGUUUUGAUGAGCUUGUUCAUGAAGUUAAUGAACGUGUGCAGUUUCUGAAAGACAUGGAAGCAUUAGGACAGGGUCACAAAUACUACCCAAUAAUACGUCAGGAGAUUGCUGCCAAAGUACGAGAGAUGGAGAGGAUAGAUAAAGAAAGAUGCCAGGAGCUCGAGAAGAACUGAAGCCAAUAAGACUGAGACGAAAUGUAAGUAGAAUUAAUUUAAUGUAAAUUGUCAUCAUUUGUAUUAAUUUUACAAAUGUAAUAACAAAAUGUUCUUCGAAAAAAA